GGUCUUGUGAGCUUAUCAGCCAUUUUUUUAUUCUAAGAGAAAGAAGAACCACACUCGAAAUUUAUGAUUAUUUUUUUUCCUCUUUUCUCAUCAUGAGCACUGAACAGAAAAUCUGGUUAGGGGUCCCACAGCUCAAAGACGCAAUGGAAGAUGUUAUGGACCCUUAUACCAGUAAAGUUGGUGGCCAUGCGGUACUGUUUCGAGAUGUAUCGAACGAAGCGGCGAGAACCUCUUUUUGUUGUCCUAAAUGCGGCCUUGUUGAUCACGUUUCAAUUUUAGCACAGCUAUACGCACCACUCGAUUGCUAUGAUCGCGUUCUGUAUCUUUUGACAUGUGCAAAGUGUGGCGUGAUACGUAGCCCUAGUAGUACAAGUUCACAUCCCUCUCCUAAAGGAGGUGUCUUUUCGGGAAAUAAAAAGAAUGCACCCCCCCCUAUUGCGUCAAAGCCUGUUUGCACUUCUUUUUGCUUUGCGUUGCGAAGUCAAAACUUUAACCUGGGCUAUUACAAGGAGAUGGUGGAGCGUUCAGAGCAGGACAGGAGAGCUACCGAGAAAAGAGAUGGAGCUAAACAUGGAGAUUGUGCGAAUGCACUCUUUCAAGAAAAUUCAAACUGGGAUGAUGUAGAUGAACCCCAGAGUGCAACUGACUCUACAAAUGAUGCACACGCACUAGUGCAAGCAGAGAAUUCAAAAUUCAAUACUCAAUGUGAUACAUCGCUUCUUCUGCCUUCCACAGCGAUAAAGGAAGAGCCAUCGUUUACGUUGUGUGAAAAUGGCUGCUUUGUUCUCCCCAAGAGGUCCCAAUUCACUGGUGGAAUUCCCCUCAGCUUGUUUAUUGAACCCCAGCUCAAGAAGGAAAACCUUGGCUCGAUAGAGGAUCAACUAAGGGAUGCACAAAAAAAGUACGGUGAAGCCGCUGCACUCGAUACAACGUCUUUUGAGAAUGAUGAUGAGACACCUGCUGAACGUUGUGUACGGAAAUACGUGGAGCGAAUUGCACAGGUGGAGACUCAGUGCGUGCGAUGGUGCCCAGAUGGGGAGCCGCUCCGUUCUUCACUUAGUGCGAUCAAUGUGCCAUUGUGUUCGUUAUGCAAUGGCAAACGUCGUUUUGAGCUUCAGCUUACUUCACCCCUUGUGUACUUCUUGACCAAGGACAAAGGAGAGGAAAAAAAUGACACGCUUCACUUUAGUAAUGUGCUGUUAUAUACUUGUAGCAAUAACUGUUAUUCCGAAACAACCCCGUACGCUCAGGAGUACGUUGUUGUGGAGGAGGAAAUCUAA